UAGUGCGUCAUUCGGGUCGAGUUUUCCGCGGCACCGUCCUUUAAGGCGAGAGAGGUUGUCCUCAAACAAUAGUGUUUUGCUGCUGCAGGGCUUCUCUUGUGCUGUCAGGUGAAUUCAGAGUUAGGCAAAAGUGUCGUGGAUCUAUUCUAUAAGUAUCAUACAAAUACUCGUUGGCCAAGGGAGGACGAACCAAUGAUGGAUUGUGGUGGUUUUAAGUAAUUUAACACUUCGGUUUGACGAUUCCCCAACAAACUUUACGGUGCAUCGAAAAAAGGUGGCAGGAGAUUAAACGGUAUGUUUGUUGACGACAACGUUUUUGCCGUGAAACCGUGAAUAAUAUUCAUUGUUGAUAUGUAGCGGAAAACGCCAAGAAUGAGUUAUUUGUGGUUGAAUGUAGACAAAGAAGAAGUAACCACCGCAGCAAGCGAGAAAGGAUAAAUCACAGUGAGCCUCUGCAAGAGAAUAGCAGGCGUUGAGCUACGAAGUGUACAAGUGUACCUGGGAUGCUGUAUAUGUGAAUCCCUAGUGUGGUGCGGCUAAGAGUUAUGAUGAUGUGGAUGGUGGCGAUGAUCCAUAAAUAGGGCAAAGUGGAUUUGAGAAUACGGGAGAAUAUAAAAAAGUUAUAAAAAAUUGCCCUUGAGAGAGGCUGUACAUAAAAAAAAGCUGGUUACGAUUACUGUGCAGUGCGACUAUAUAAAUUAACGAAUUUAUAUUCGGAUAUUUUAAUCUUAUAGAAGUUUAAUGAUUGAAUUAGAACUAAGUGCAAACGCCGAGAACGUGUUGAAAUCGAGUACAAGUCAAUUGGAUAAACGGUGAUUAAGAAAGCAAAUUGUAAUAGGCAGAGUAAAAGGAUUAUCAGUGCUGUGGACAGCGGGUGUGUGAAUAUUAAUUGGAUUAGCUGUUUAUGGAUUACUCCUUUGGUUUGUUACAUAAUCCACUGCACUCGGUGAAGAGAGAAGAGCUCAGCGAGAUUCAAAAGUGAGAUAUGCCAGAAAAGAAUUAAAUCGAUUGAAAUAAAAAAGACAACGAAUCUACUAUUAUCCCAACGUUGUUUCUAUUUAUAUAUCAAUGGAAUAUUCACCCUAACAACCCAUUCCAUGUUGGAUGUGCGUGCUUCUAGAUGAGCAAUAGUUAAUUAGUGUUUAGAUUUUCAACGCUCAAUCACAAUAUCAAACAUCUCCUUAAAAAUAUUUGAUAAUGUAACAAGCGCUUAAUGGUCAAUGGUUGUAAUUAGCAAAUUGAGCAAAGCAAACCCAUUGUGAAUAAAUCCAAAAUUCGUAGUGUGUGAAGUAGAAAUUAACGCUAACCAACAUAAGCUCUCAAACACACAAAAUUCAUCUCACGAAAUUGAGGAACAAACAAAUGCUACACAACUGUUGCAUAAAAAAAUGGAAGCAAAUAAUCUAGCAGCAUAAAACGCGAAAAACAAAUUUGUCAACAGGCCAUCAAAUCAAACCAGAUUGGAAGCAAUAAAACAAUAAAGCCGACAGCAGUGGACCGACCAGAUUGGAGCCCAUCGCGAGGGAAACAGCAAAUACAUCCCAUACCGGUCAUAUAGGAAGAGGGCUAUCGCCGACACCAGCGUAAAUGAAACCGUUCCAGCUCGUCCGCGCCACAUUGCCUCCGUUCGUGUUCUAAUGUCCAGCUGGUAGGCGUUGUGGAAACAUUUACUUCCUGCCAUUACAAUUUCUAUACAAACUUAGAGCUCAAGACAACCACCGCUAAGGAACAUUUACAAAGUGCAUCCCACGAAUAGUUCUGGGCCAGAACUUCCAAUUUCAAAUAAUAAAAAUAAAAGUGCUACCAAUUUUUAUAAUUUUACCUCUUCCGCUCAGCCCAUCGAACGUGUGGAAACGAGGAAACGCGCUUUCGUGAAGGAAUAUAAUAAAAUAAGACCCCGUAAUUGCUUAACCGUCGUCGUCGUUACUAACGGGCUGUACGGUAGAAUCAGCGCUUCUGGUGUACAUAUUCAAAUGUUUCCGCCGCAGUAGUCGAUCCAAAAAUUUCGUAGUGUUAUUGCAGUCUCUGGAUGAAAAGUACCUAGCGAAAAGAAAUAAAGACAACCCUGUUACAGUAGGCAAGAGCAAGGACGAAAUAUCCUAAAUAAACCAGUAGAACAAAGUUGAGAAGGUUCUUUAUGUUCCGGAAUCACAACUACCACGUAACAACCAUCAGAGUCCUCGGCCUAGCUUUUAUGCAAAACUGACGUGAGGUGCCGUAUCCUUCCUGCCUGCUGUCCAGACCGGAAUCGCAACGACCCGUACAUCAAUCAUUGUACUGGCGACGGCACCCCAAGGAUGACGAGAGUGAUGUUCGCGUUGAAUCAGCAUAGCAACAUGUGCCACUCCAAUUUAAUAUUCAUCAUCCUUUUUAUUUUAAACGAUUACGUCACAGGAGACAUCAGUACAUCAUUAGCAUUAAACAAGUUAAACUCUGGCGGAACAUUCUUCGCUGGCCCAUACUUGGACGGAAGCGGAGUCAGUAAUGUAACCACACAGAUAGGAACACAUGCAUAUCUACCAUGCAAGGUGAAACAGCUGGGGAACAAGUCAGUGUCAUGGGUACGAGUGAGGGACGACCACAUUCUCACCGUCGACAGAAUGACAUUUAUAGCCGACGAACGUUUUCAAUCAUUCUACGUAGAGAAUAGCGGCGUAUGGACGCUGCAGAUCAAAUACGUGCAGGCUCGUGACGCCGGGAUAUACGAAUGCCAGGUGUCGACAGAACCGAAAAUAAGUGCUAGAGUACAUCUGCACGUUGUUGUGCCAAGAACCGAGCUUAUUGGAGAUUCCGACCGGUAUGUAAAGGCGGGGAGUGCCGUCAUACUGCGCUGCGUCGUUCGUGGAGCCCUGGAGCCACCAUCCUAUAUCAUUUGGUACCAUGGCACCCAGCAGAUUUUCACCGAAAACCGACGAGGUUGGAAAACGCAGCUGGAUCGUGGAGCACCGGACCUGGACGGUGACAUCCACAGCACUAUUGGCUCAUUGAUCAUCGAAUCGACGAGGAAAAAAGAUUCCGGAAACUACUCGUGCAGCCCAUCGAACAGUCCACCGAUUACCGUCUCACUGCACGUCAUAAAUGGAGAAUCUUCUGCAUCGGCUGUCACAUCAUCUGCCGGGUCGCUGUUUGAUGACAGUAUAUCAAUGGUUAAGCAGAGGAACAUCCAUAUUUUAUUGCAGCAUAGGUCAUUUGUUAUGCUACUCGUUUUGGUUAUCUACGCUCAGCUAAGCUGUCGCAUGUACUAGUUAAGAGAAUUUAUCUAAGUUAAACAUUAAAAAAAACAUAUACUACAUACUGAAAUCUAGAGAGAAAAAGGAAAAAGAUGUAAAAAGACAAACACAUUGUGUAUAGGUGAGAUCUGGUACGAUCCUGGAAUUUGCUCACAACGUACAUACAUCGACUGAGAUAUUUCAAACUAACAUAAGAAAACAAAAAUGACAAAACAAAUAUUGGUCUUUGUUGCAUCCUAAAACGCCCAUUGCCGUUUUCUUUUGAGCCAACAAAAAACAUAAUUGAGUAAAAAAUAAUCCAAGCACACUGAAUUCAGUUGUAGAAACCACAACCAGCAAAAGUACAGAAUGCAUCAAACCAAAAGAUCUAGUCCAACUUUCAUUUUGCUUAACUGCAGGAGUAAAAUCGACGCACACUGCAAAAACAGGAUAUGCGUGAAUUCGCAUAUUGCUUCCCGUAACCUACUUUGAUUCUAACUGGGUAACUAUAAUGCGUUGGUAUCCGUGCAGAGAACAAAGUGUGUACAGUGUAUGCCGGAAUAUUUUUCGAUUAUUAUGAACUCUGUGUUCACGGCGUGGACAAUAAAUUGUAAAUCUUGAUUUUAUAUUCAUCUAGAUUUAUACAGUACCAGCCUGCGGCCUAUAUUAUGAUGUUCCUCUCUUCAGUUUCCUGUAUUUCACUCCACAUUCCUAUCCAACAUAAGCAACGCAAGGGAAAAUAAAAAACAUCCAGGCGCAUGGGAUGAUUGUCGAUCCGAAAAAUCCCGUCUAACUCUCGAAAAAAACAUGAAACGUGCAAGUGAAGCCCGGAAAACGCUGGCCAUCAAUUGAGCGGGUCGUUUAGUUUGAAUAACUACACAGUUGCAUGCUGGUAGGUACAUAUCAGGCCGAGUGGAAUGAGGCAAUGGCAGAAAUCAUGUGUUUGAAUUAUAGGCGAUCCGUUGGCCACUCAGCCGGGCAGCUAUUUGUUAACCCAAAUGGCACACUGCCCAGAAAAUGGCUCGUGGCAACCAUUUGUUACAACGUGUUAGGCUACAUUGACCGUUGGUAACAUUGAGUACAUUUGCAGUAGAAUCUCUCAAGUUAUGAGUUCUAAUACCAUUCAUCAAAUCGCAAUCGGUAGUCUGGUUUGGUUUGCUUUCAGCAACGAUAUCGCAUUACCAAAUCAUUCAGUUCCAAACCACUCAAUGUAAUACGUCAGCAAAACCAUUCGUUUUCGUCUGUAGGCGUUUGAAGCAAAAAAAAUUGCGGUAAUUUCUUGCAUUGGAGGUUAUCGAAAACCCUUGAGAGUUCGAGCAAGAAUUUGCAAAGAUGGACGAUAUUCGAACAACGUUAGAUCACUGCUACAUUUAAAUUUUUAAAUAUGCAAUUCAGUAUAUUAUUCGCAAUCAACUUAAUAAACCGAAUGUAUUUUCAUACAAAUUCAACUAGCGGCAACGACGCAAAGUUCUUUUGCAUAUUUCUCUGUACAUAACCUGUAAGGUAUAAAUUCAAAAAAAUUCUUCACGGUACGUAAGAAAUAGUUUUCAUUUUCGUAAUUUGUCGGUUACUUAAUUUGCGAUAGUAAUGAAAAUUGUUUCGUUUGUUUAGCGCUACGUUCCGGAAGCGAAAAUCUAGUACAGUUGUUUACAGAAGAGAUUCAAUGUAAUCUUCAUUGAUUUUUUUAAUUGAUUAAUUUUUGAAUACCGUUUUUCAAUAUGGUGCAAAACCAAUAUUGUGUUGUUCGAUGGUUCCAUGAUGUCGAAACUCAAAGUCCCUCUGAAUUGCAUAGAUUUAUUAAUCUGCAAUAAAGUCCACGGCACGCUUGACGAAACAUAUUAUUCGAAAACUGUUUGGUAAAAAUGUUAAAUUUAGCGAAUUACUUUCCAAAUACCUAUUUGAGGUUCUUAAAUAAAUAAUUUUGUUCUUACUUCGAAUACUAAUAUAUUCUGUGCUUCCAAUAUUAACAUAACAUACACUUUAGUUCCGUUAGUAAUUCAGCACAGAAUAAUCUUUGCAAAACCAUACUGUUAAUCGUUUAAUUCAAAGUUUGAUCAAUUCUCUGGCUAUUUUUUCAAGCAUGAUAUUUUAUGACGGAACAUGAAAACUGAGUUGUCAUAUUUUUUCCGGAUAACUGCAACAGAAACCCCCUUGUAUUUUCCAGUAAAUUCAUAUUCUCAGGUGUCGAAUGGCAUAAUGCUUGAAUUUUGUUUUAAAAUCAACGGAUUUAUAUGAUACUCUGCACUCGUUGAUUUACUCACGAGUCUCAACUGGGACUGGAUUUGCUGUCGCUGAACCAACUUCUGGAAAACUGUGACAAUAAAAAUACCACCGCACAUCGCAUCACCACUUCAUUCAAUCCUUCGGAAAACCCGCAGUGUUCAAUUGAUGCCAGUUGACAUUCGAUUCCAAAUGAACUUGCACAAUUCGCGGCAUUCGAUGGUAACGAUUAUUCCAACUACCCAUCCAAUGACACAAUGGUACAGUUCCGAUUAAAAAUAUUUCACUACUUCGAGUUCGUUUAGGUUAGCGCAAGAAUUAUUUUCUCUAUUGAACAGCAUUAGGCAUUAAUAUGUUAUCAUUUUAUUAAAUAGAUUUACUAAUUUCACUGAUGUAUAAUAAUUUAUCAGGUACGGUCGAAUAAAAACUUUUCAUCCGAAUAUUAGAUAAAAAAUGCAACGCACUUGAAAGAGAGAUAAUAUUACUGACCAGAACUGUACGACUUUCAAAACAGACUCCCUCCCAUGAGCUCGUGAUCCAAUUGAUGGCGUUACAAAUAAAAUCAGAUCAGUGUUCUGCAAGUAGAAACUCAAAUAUAUGUAUUCCACCGUCAUCCCAAGAGCGUGAUUCGUGAAGGGACUACCAUUCGUUGGAAUAGCGCUAUACAUUCGCGGAAAAUAAUGGGAAAAUAUACGCAGAUUUUUCCAUACGUUUUUUUUUAUCCCUAGGCUGCGCAGAAAAGUCACUCGACAGUCGUUAUUUAUCGAAUGACAAGAGUACUUGUUUGCAAUUAUUUAAAUAGUAUAAAACGAGUGACAAGCGAAUGUCACGCAAACAACACACAAAAACACAGCGAAGUGCACGUCUACUUGAACACAUAAACACUUGAAGUAACGAAAAAUAGCGCGAUUCCAGUUGUAUGCAAACGGCCAUACAACACUACGAAUGAUACAAUGAAACGUAAUUCCAUGGGCUGCCCAGUCAUACAGGAUUUAAGUAGAUCAAAUGAAGCAAAUAAUAAAUUGGUGCACUGAAAUUGUGUAAGUGCAAAUCGAGCAUGAAAGAGAACAUGACGGACAUCACUUGACACAUACGAUUGGGCAUAGUGUGAAGCAGGUUAUCAUUGCAUAACGAUAUACAAAUCAAAUACAAAAUACAGAAGGCAAACAAGCAAAUUCAAUUUUAAUGACCCAUAAACGAAAAGUUAUAAAACUGGUCGUGAAUCAAAACCAUACACACAAAAAAAAACAAGUAUAAAUUGGUAAUGGAAAAGAUAAGUAAAUUUAAAUAGUGUAGUUAUAUAUUAGUUAGGUAAUUCAUGAAAAUUAUAUUGUAAAUAUUUUUAUAUUUUAAAUUUCAGUUGAAUAAAACAAACAUAUUUUUUUUAAUAAAAAUUAAA